UUGCCUUUUUGUUUGUUGGUGGUAUUUGAUUGACUCAACUCAACGCAACCCAUUCAUUCAUUCCAACUCAACGCAACAUCUUGUUCAUUUUUCUCUGAUUCCUAUAUCUUCUCCUCCGCUUCUUCCUCCGAUCACUCUCUUCUCUCUUUCAACUAUGGCAAAUGCUGCAUCGGGUAUGGCAGUCCAUGAUGACUGCAAGUUAAGGUUUAUGGAGCUCAAGGCAAAAAGGACACACAGGUUCAUAAUUUACAAGAUCGACGAGAUUCUGAAACAAGUCACUGUGGAGCAGCUUGGUGAGCCUACCCAAGGCUAUGAAGAUUUUGCUGCUUUCCUUCCUGACAAUGAGUGUCGCUAUGCUGUUUAUGAUUUUGAGUUUCUGACAGAAGGCAAUGUUCCCAAAAGCAGGAUUUUCUUCGUUGGAUGGUCUCCCGACACAGCAAAGGUUAGAAGCAAGAUGAUUUAUGCAAGCUCCAAGGAUAGGUUCAAGAGAGAGCUGGACGGUAUUCAAAUAGAGUUGCAAGCAACUGAUCCCACUGAGAUCGGUCUUGAUGUGUUCAAAAGCCGUGCAAAUUAAAUGAUCUCCAAGAGAGUCCUAUGUGCUGGGGUGAGCCCCCUAAUGCUUUGUUACUUCUAUAAAAAUUUCUAGUUUGUCGAAUGGUCAUAUUAUCUCAUGGUUUAUGAAUUAUGCCUCUGUUAUAUUGGAGUGGCAUUUUAGUCCUAUGCUUAUCAGUUGAAUUUGUAACUGUUUUGUGUGAUGAUUAAACAAAAAAUGGGGUCCUGUUUUACUUCAAAAAAGGUUAUGAUAUCCUUUUUUUGUAGAUAGGAUAGGAAAAGAAAGCCCACCUGUUACUUACAACAAUUAUUUUUGUUUGGUGUUAUGAUAUCCUAUUAUAUUGGUUUAUUAUUUUUUUCAUUA